UUAUUUUAUUUGUUUUAUAAAUUUUUUUUAUUUAUUUUAGCGAACUGCCGAUUGAAAUUUCAUCGUAUAUUUAAUCUUCCGCUUACAAAACCACUUUUGAAAUUGUCACAGGCAUUCAAACUUGGUUUGCAAACGAAUUUGUUGCGUAGUCCGCAUUUGUCCAUAAACAAAUAUAAAGCAAAAGGCGAAUUAUCUAUCAUUCAAGGAGCAUAUAACUAUCAUCAUUACAUGCAGGAUGGAAUUAAUGACAAUGGAUGGGGUUGUGCUUAUCGAUCGUUUCAAACCAUAUGGUCAUUUUUUCUUAUUCAAGGAUAUACAGAUAAACAAGUACCUUCGCACAGAGAAAUCCAACAGAGUUUACAUGACUGUGGCGAUAAAGAUGCGAAAUUUGUUGGAAGUCGACAGUGGAUAGGUUCGCUAGAAUUGAGUUAUUGUUUAGAAAAUAUGCUUAAUAUUACGUCUCGAAUAAUUGCUCUUAAUUCUGGUGCUGAAAUUGUUGACAAUGCUCGUCAAAUUGGUUUACAUUUCAAAACGAAUGGAACUCCAAUCAUGAUUGGCGGUGGAAUGCUGGCAUAUACAAUAUUGGGAGUAGAUUUCAAUGAAAUAACGGGUGAUUGUGCCUUUCUUGUUCUUGAUCCUCAUUAUACUGGUGAUGAAAUCAUUGACACAGUUAUUUCAAAAGGAUGGUGUGGAUGGAAGCCACCAAGUUUUUGGAAAUCUGAACAUUUUUAUAAUUUAUUACUUCCCGAUUUGCCUAAAAAUUUCAUAUAA